CACAUAGCUAGCUAGUACAACCAUAGUCGUCCAUCAAAAUGGCUUCGAGAAACACUGCUGCAUUCCUUGUCGGGCUGCUCCUCUCGUGCGUCCCCAUGAGCAGCGCGGCAAGAAUUCUGGAGGAGGAGACAGCUCCGUCCAAAGGCGAAGAGCACCUGCCGGAGCUACCAAUGCUUCCCAAGGUUGAGCUGCCACCAUUCCCGGAGGUACAUCUGCCACCGAAGCCCGAGCUGCCCAAGGUAGAGCUGCGGUCGUUCCCUGAGGUGCACCUGCCAUCAAAGCCCGAGCUGCCAACGUUCCCGGAGGUGCACCUUCCAGCCAAGCCGGAGCUGCCUAAGGUGGAGCUGCCGCCAAAGCCAGAGAUGCCCACCAUCCCGGAGUUCCACUUCCCGGAGCCGGAGGCUAAGCCAUGAAGACUGUCUUCACUUAUCUUCUUUUUGCUCGUGCUCCUACAUGUAUCCUUUGCUCGUGUUGUGUCUUUCAUGGGAUUGUUUAGUGUGUAUUUUCCGUGAGUCAUUUGUGUGAUAUCAAACGCUUAUCUAUGGCGCCUAUUUAGAUGGAAUGUACAUGAACAAUACAGAUGGAUGUUUACAUUAACAAGGUGGCAGCUGAGUUCCACAAUUAAUUGAGCAACCAUCUUCUUAA